CCAGCACCACCCGGGGCCCUGAAGCCAGAGAUGCCCCUUGACCAUGGCAGCCCCGGCGCCCCUUAAGAUGCCAGCGGCGUCCCCGGCGCCUCCAGCGCCCAUCCUGCUGCUGCUGCUGCUGCUCCUGGCGGCACCGGCGGUGCCGGGGGCCGCGCCCACACCCUGCCCGGCCGCCUGUACCUGCAGCAACCAGGCAAGCCGGGUGAUCUGCACCCGGCGCGAGCUGCUGGAGGUGCCCUCGAGCAUCUCAGUGAACACCCGCUACCUGAACCUGCAGGAGAACCACAUCCAGGUGAUCCGCACCGACACCUUCAAGCACCUGCGGCACCUGGAGAUCCUGCAGCUCAGCCGCAACCUGGUCCGCAAGGUGGAGGUGGGCGCCUUCAACGGGCUGCCCAACCUCAACACCCUGGAGCUGUUCGACAACCGGCUCACCACGGUGCCAACACAGGCAUUCGAGUACCUCUCCAAGCUGAGGGAGCUGUGGCUGAGGAACAACCCCAUCGAGAGCAUCCCAUCCUACGCCUUCAACCGGGUGCCGUCGCUGCGGCGCCUCGACUUGGGCGAGCUGAAGCGUCUCGAGUACAUCUCGGAGGCUGCCUUCGAGGGGCUGGUGAACCUGCGCUACCUCAACCUGGGCAUGUGCAACCUCAAGGAGAUCCCCAACCUCACCGCCCUGGUGAGGCUGGAGGAGCUGGAGCUGUCGGGGAACCGGCUGGGCCGGGUGCGCCCGGGGUCAUUCCAGGGUCUGGGGAGCCUGAGGAAGCUGUGGUUGAUGCACGCGCGGGUGGCGGCGGUAGAGAGGAACGCCUUUGAUGACCUCAAGGCCCUGGAGGAGCUCAACUUGGCCCACAACGACCUGGCCUCGCUGCCCCACGACCUGUUCGCACCCUUGCACCGCCUGGAGCGCGUUCACCUCCACCACAACCCGUGGCGCUGCGACUGCGACGUGCUGUGGCUCAGCUGGUGGCUGCGGGAGACGGUGCCCAGCAACACCAGCUGCUGCGCCCGGUGCCACGCACCGCCGGCGCUGCGGGGCCGGUACCUGGGCGAGCUGGAGCCGGGCCACUUCACCUGCUACGCGCCCGUCAUCGUGGAGCCGCCGGCUGAUCUCAACGUCACCGAGGGCAUGGCGGCCGAGCUCAAGUGCCGCACGGGCACAGCCAUGACCUCGGUCAACUGGCUGACGCCCAACGGGACACUGAUGACGCACGGCUCGUACCGGGUAAGGAUCUCAGUGCUGCAUGACGGCACACUCAACUUCACCAACGUGACGGUGCAGGACACGGGCCAGUACACCUGCAUGGUCACCAAUGCCGCCGGCAACACCACGGCCUCGGCCACGCUCAACGUCUCGGCUGCCGACGCCGCUGCUGCUGCCGCUGCCGCUGCAGCGGCGGCCACAGGCUAUACCUACUUCACCACGGUCACUGUGGAGACCACCGAGGGCGGCGGCGAAGAACAAGCCCCCCAGACCCCGCCAGCGCCCACGGCACCUGGAUGGGACCCCUCUGGUGGCUCCACGGCGGCACCGGCCACGCGUGCCACAGGGAAGCCCUUCACGGUGCCCAUCACUGCCGCUGCCGCUGCAGGCGCUGGGGCGGCAGGCGGAGGUCUCCAAGACCUGGACGACGUUCUGAAGACCACCAAGAUCAUCAUCGGGUGCUUCGUGGCCAUCACCUUCAUGGCGGCCGUGAUGCUGGUGGCCUUCUACAAGCUGCGCAAGCAGCACCAGCGCCACAAGCACCGUGGGGGCCCCGCGCGUGCCGUGGAGAUCGUCAAUGUUGAGGACGAGCUCUCGGGGGGGCCUGGUGGGGGCGGGGGGGGUGUUGGGGGCACGGCGGGGGGGGUGGGGACAUCAGGGGACAACAGGCUGGCGCUGCCAGCGCUGGAGAGAGAGCACCUGGACAGGUACGCAGCGCUGGCUGCCCACUACGGGGGCCCGGCAGCGGCACUGGGGUGCGGGAAGACCCCCCUGCUCAACUCGGUGCAUGAGCCACUGCUGUUCAAGAGCCCCUCCAAGGAGAAUGUGCAGGAGACCCAGAUUUGACCGCUCCCCCCCCAAAAAAAUGAGGGGUGGGGACCCCCUUCUCCUGCACAGAGACUCAGAUCUGACCCCCCCGGAAAGGGGGAAUGGGGACCCCCCUAAACCUGGACUUGACCCCCCUGGAAAGAGGGGGAGUGGGGACCCCCCUUAAACCUGGAUCUGACCCCCUACAAACCCCUCCUGUUCCAGAGCCCCUCCAAGGAAAAUGUGCAGGAGACCCAGAACUGACCCCCCCCAAAAGAAAAUGAGGAGUGGGGCCCCUCUUCUCCUGCCCAGAGACUCGGAUCUAA